AUGCAUGUAACUAAUGGUGAGAUGCUACGACCUGCAGAUGAUUUCGUAACUAUUGUCAGCGAUUUUGAACAUGAACCUCGGAUCCAAAGUGUCAACAAUAAUGAUAAUCAAGUGACUUCAACUGCAGGUAGUUCAAAGUCGACAAUAAUAGAACAUAGUAAUGAUGAUCAUCAUGACGAUAAUGAUGAUGAUGAAAUUGGUAUUAUUAGUGAACGUGUAAAUUUUGAUACUGCUAAUAAUGAUAAUAUGGAUGAUCUGUCGGUGAUAAAUGAAAGGGAGGUUGUAGAUUUAGAUAGAGAACCUGAAAUUACAUCAGUUGCUAACAAUACAAAUGAUGAUGAUUUGAUGAUUGUAGGUGAACAGGUUAUUGAAAACCCUCAUAUAUUAUUAAAUUUACCUGGUGGUAGGACCUUUGAACUAAGUACUACUACUAAUGAUUUGCCGUUUAGGAGUUCAUUUGAAAUGCUACAGAAUUUAGGAAGAAAUAUCAAUCUUGCGGGACAGGAUUAUAUGAAUUUGACGGAUUCAACAAGUCCCAUAAGAAUAGUACCUAGUGUGAACACUCCAGAAACUGAAGGUAUCUUAAAUAAUACAAGGACUAAUCAAAAUAUUUCAGGAAGAUUGAGUAGACAACCCAGAAUGCCAUCAAGGAGAGAAAUCAGAGCAAGAAACAUACGAAAUCUUAGAAUAACACGACAAAGAAACAGGCUUAAUAGAUUUGAAGCUCAGAGAAGAGAAAGAAAAAAAGCAUUCAGAAUAAACCAUCGUAGAUUCAUAUUUAGGCCUGAAUUUUUGAGAUAUUAUCCUGAUGAAAUCAAACCGUUAUUUUAUCAAUCUCCUGAUAUUGAUACCUUUUUCAAUCAAGCAAACAUCAUAAUUGAUAGAUAUCAUUUUGACAAACAAAUUUUGAAAGACAUUUUCAUUGAGUUUAGGUAUGGUUUGGACCAUGGCCUCUUUGAUUUACCUGGUUUAGUCACAGGCUAUUCUGAUGAAGGAUUUAUUAGAUUAUGGUAUGACUUUAAUUACGAUGAUCUUAACGAUUUUGAAAUUCAUUCCAAUUCAUUGAAUAUGUUAGAAAUGUUUGUUAAUGAAGAACACUUGGAAACUAACACAAAUAGAGUUAGACCAUAUGAUGCUGAUUACCAAUUUCCGAAUAGAAAUAACGGACUUUAUGAUAGAGCUAUAACGACAUCUAUUAGCUCAGACUCUUACCCAAGUGCAAUGCAGGGCCUGUUUGUAAAUAGUAAUGACUUUGGAUAUGCACAAGCUGGAGAACAGGAAACACAAGAUUUAAUUGCAAUGAUUCAAGAAAGAGAAGAAAGAGAACACGAUAUUAGAACACGUAAAUUUACAAAGAAGAAUGAAAAACUUCAGCAGUUAAUAAGGGAAAAAGCUAAAACUAUUCCAGAAGGUUAUAGUUCAUCAUUUAGUACUGAAGUUCCUGUUAAAUUGAUUGAUAAACAGGAUAAAAAUGGUAAUAAUGUUAUAAUGCUUGAAGAACAACAGGUAGAAGUUGAUGAUGAGUUUGGUAAUAAAAAAAAUGAAUCAGUCAUUGAAGUACCCGUGUGUUGCCUGUGUGGAGUAGAACUUGGUAUUGGAAUACCAGAAACUUUUGCUGGAAUCAGUGCAGAAGAUAAAAAAUUGGAGUGUUUUAAAGACAUUGCUACAAAAUAUGGGUUUAGUUGCCCUUAUCAAACAAUGGUAAGACCUACAGAGCUGGACAGAGAUUUAUCAAGAAGAACCUUUAUAUCAAAUUGUGGACAUGCAUUCUGUGGGAGAUGCUAUAAUAGGAUUCAUUUGGCUAAAGCAGAAACUAAAAAAAAUAACGGUAGAGAUAUAACUAAUAAACUAACAAGGCUUUCGCAAAGCAACAGAAUUUCGCCAGUAAUCCUUGGAAGCUUAAAUCCUGAUAAUUAUGGACCUAAAAUUUGUCCUGGAUCUGAUUGUAAAUAUCAAAUUAGAGCGAGGACAAAAAUGAGAGAAGCAUACUUCUAA